GGAUUUACUCUGUCUGCAAUCUCAAACAAAGAGCUAAUAGUCAGAGAGGAUUGCACAACCUUAAAAUGAACGGCACGGAGGGAAACAACUUCUACGUCCCCAUGUCCAACAGGACCGGGCUGGUCAGGAGUCCUUUUGAAUAUACGCAGUAUUACUUGGCGGAGCCAUGGCAAUUCAAACUUCUUGCUUUCUACAUGUUUAUCCUGAUCUGUUUAGGCCUUCCCAUCAAUGGUCUCACAUUGGUGGUUACAGCUCAGCACAAGAAACUGCGGCAACCUCUUAACUUUAUCCUGGUUAACUUGGCUGUGGCUGGAAUGAUCAUGGUCUGCUUUGGUUUUACCAUUACCAUCACAUCUGCUCUUAAUGGUUACUUUGUCUUUGGGCCACUGGGCUGUGCCAUUGAAGGCUUCAUGGCGACUCUUGGAGGUCAAGUUGCAUUGUGGUCUUUGGUAGUGCUGGCCAUCGAGCGAUAUAUUGUGGUGUGCAAACCCAUGGGCAGCUUCAAGUUUGGAGGCAACCAUGCAUUUGCAGGAGUUGCAUUUACCUGGGUAAUGGCUGCUUCUUGUGCAGUUCCCCCACUUGUUGGCUGGUCCAGGUACAUUCCUGAGGGCAUGCAGUGCUCCUGUGGUCCUGACUACUACACCCUGAGCCCAGCCUACAACAACGAGUCCUAUGUCCUGUACAUGUUCAGCUGCCACUUCUGUGUUCCAGUCACCACAAUCUUCUUCACCUAUGGAAACCUUGUCUGCACAGUCAAAGCGGCAGCAGCUUCUCAGCAGGACUCAGCAUCCACUCAGAAAGCAGAGAGGGAAGUGACACGCAUGUGCAUUUUGAUGGUCUUGGGCUUCUUGAUUGCAUGGACACCCUAUGCCAGUGUUGCUGCUUGGAUCUUCUUCAACAAAGGAGCUGCCUUUUCUGCCCAGUUCAUGGCCGUACCAGCGUUCUUCUCCAAAAGCUCGGCCUUGUUCAACCCCAUUAUCUAUGUGCUGCUGAACAAACAGUUCCGUAACUGCAUGAUGACCACCGUCUUCUGUGGCAAGAACCCUCUUGGUGAUGAGGAGUCAUCUCAGGUGUCAACAAGCAAGACAGAAGUGUCCUCUGUGGCUCCGGCUUAA